UUGGCUCUCAGAUUCCAUUUUCAGCCAUUUACAAGACCAAAGCCUUCAAGGAGCCUGAGAUUCAGGUGUACCUGUCUGGAGAACCAAUCAAUGUCCAUGUUUUGGAGGUGGAACGAUUCACAUCAACAUCAAAGGUCCCAAGCCCUAACAUCUAUACCAUUGAAUUGAAGCAUGGAGAGUUCACCUGGAAGGUCAAGAGGAAAUUCAAGCAUUUUCAAGAUCUUCACAGAGAGCUUCUCCGAUACAAAGCCCUCCUCCGCCUGCCAAUCCCAACACGCAGUUUCACAGUGAGGAGACAGACGGUAAAGAGAGGGGAACCCCGGUCAAUGCCUACUCUGCCUCGCAGUUCAGACCUCAUCAUUAGAGAGGAGCAGAUCUCGAGCCGACGGAAACAACUGGAAGAUUACUUGACCAAGCUGCUGAAGAUGCCCAUGUACAGGAAUUACCAAGCGACG